GAAAAGCUGCUCUGUCUGGCGCGCGCCGUUGCCCAAAAUAUCCCAUUUGCCUUCUGUUGCUGUUCUGCGCUUUUCCGUUUGUCUUCGCCUUUAAAUAUGCUUCUGCUUCUUCGCAUCCAGGAAAGGGUUAAUCAUUCUCUUCCUGAUACGUUUAAACACACACACACCUGUCCUUCCCUUUUACUUGACUGAUACAUGUUGGUGGCGGGCGUGACGGUGGCUUUCCAAGACGAUUCGUGUUUGGGCGAGAAGACGUUCACAAAGGAUAGGUUUGGUUAUGGAGAGAAGGCGGGAACCUUGGUUGCUGCAAAGGUUCCUGUAUCCCGAAACUGAUAACCCGUCUAGUCCCAGUGGCUGCCGAAGGGGAGCAGUCGUGAAGGCCCUGCUUGUCGUUAAAGGCAAAUAGCUUGGAAAUUUAAGGUGUCCCAGAGCCAUGGCUUCCUGUAGUUCCACCCCUCUCCAUCCUUCAGGGCAAAGUUGCCACCUCUGUUUCUCAUAUUGGCUUUAAUUGUGUCCCUCAUCACAUGGCUAAUUACGAGGAAAACAAAUCAAAACAUUUCCUAAAGAAGAGGAAACGCUGCUGGUCCGUACCGUGUGAAAAUCAUGUCUGUUCGGGAGUCCUUUAACCCAGAAAGUUAUGAACUUGAGAAGAGUUUUCGACUAACCCGAUUUACUGAACUUAAAGGCACUGGUUGUAAAGUGCCUCAGGACGUUUUGCAGAAAUUGCUUGAAUCUCUACAGGAAAAUCACUUCCAAGAAGAUGAACAGUUCUUGGGAGCCGUUAUGCCAAGAUUGGGAAUUGGAAUGGAUACUUGUGUUAUUCCUUUAAGACAUGGAGGCCUAUCUUUGGUCCAGACAACUGAUUACAUUUAUCCCAUUGUGGAUGAUCCUUAUAUGAUGGGACGUAUAGCUUGUGCCAAUGUUCUUAGUGAUCUUUAUGCCAUGGGCGUCACUGAAUGUGACAACAUGUUAAUGCUUCUUGGGAUCAGUAAUAAAAUGACUGACCGGGAAAGGGAUAAAGUAAUGCCUCUAAUUAUCCAAGGAUUCAAAGAUGCUGCAGAAGAGGCAGGAACAUCAGUGACUGGUGGUCAAACAGUGUUAAACCCAUGGAUUGUUUUAGGAGGAGUAGCCACAACAGUUUGUCAGCCCAAUGAAUUUAUUAUGCCAGACAAUGCAGUACCUGGAGAUGUGCUCGUGUUAACUAAACCAUUAGGAACACAAGUUGCUGUAGCUGUUCAUCAGUGGUUAGAUAUUCCAGAAAAAUGGAAUAAAAUCAAGUUAGUUGUUACACAAGAAGAUGUGGAGCUAGCAUAUCAAGAAGCAAUGAUGAAUAUGGCAAGACUCAACAGAACAGCUGCAGGGCUUAUGCAUACCUUCAACGCACAUGCAGCCACAGACAUCACAGGCUUUGGAAUCCUGGGACAUGCACAAAAUCUAGCUAAGCAACAGCGCAAUGAAGUAUCUUUUGUUAUACAUAACCUUCCUGUACUUGCCAAAAUGGCUGCAGUUAGCAAGGCAUGUGGCAAUAUGUUUGGUCUUAUGCAUGGAACUUGUCCUGAGACUUCAGGAGGCCUGCUUAUCUGUUUACCCCGUGAACAGGCAGCACGUUUCUGUGCUGAAAUCAAGUCUCCAAAAUAUGGUGAAGGUCACCAAGCAUGGAUUAUUGGGAUUGUAGAAAAGGGCAAUCGCACUGCCAGAAUUAUAGACAAGCCUCGAAUCAUUGAAGUUGCACCACAAGUGGCCACUCAGAACGUGAAUCCAACGCCUGGGGCAACUUCUUAAUUUUGAUGAAGUAGCUAUUUUUUUUAAAUAGAUCUAUUCCUUUAUCAUCUUGCAGCCUAAAGAACUGUAUAAAGAGAAAAAGAAACACGUUGUGUCUGCAAAUCUGGUGGCCUUAGGUCAGUUUGAAUGGAUGCGUUUAUUAAAAUAAAACACAUUGCCUUUUUUCCUGUUACAUUAACUGAAGAUGCACCUAAUCUUGAGGCAGCUUCUGAGUUGAGAAUUAUAUUGUUAUCCAAUACUGUUGAUUCAUUUUGAAUCUUUAGACACUUAUCUCUUGCCGCAUAGGCUCUUUUUUAAAAGGUGCUUUCACGUAGCACAGACAUUGCCAGUAGUGGUAUCAAAUAGAAGUUUGUGUCCUUUUUCACUAUAUGUAUAUUUAUCAUUAGGUCUAAUUUCAGAUGCCUUGAAUGAAAUUCCAGAAAGGCAAUAAAUUUGAUAAGUGAUGCACAGUGGGUUUUACCCAGUAGCAGAGAGGGUUGCAUGUCUACAUUCAAUCUUUGAUUUAUAAAAUUAGUCUUAUCUAUGAGCAUCUGCAAUCCUGGACAUUGCUUGGUAGUACACUCAAUUAAUUAAAACAAGCAAGUGCUGACAUUGCAUGGAAAGCACUUCAAAGUCAAAGGAAAUAUAAUUUUGUUCUUUGUAGAUCAGACAAUAUUUACUUGUAUUAUCAAUAAUUGUUUCCUUUAUUGAUGGUAAAAAUGAUGAUGCUCAAUUUUGCAACGUGAUUGGAUGUGCUGUAGAGCAACAAGAUAUUGCCAGCCAAAAGGGGGUUGCUAUAUAAUCAUUUACAAUUCAAUAUAUAAUUAACUACACAAAUAAUUUUUAAAUAUAACCAAUUUAAAAACUGUUCUGUGGAUGGUAGUGUUUAAUACAUUUUAUAUUUUGUAUAGUGAUUAUUAUAAAUCGCUCUUUGUUUUCUUAAAUCAGCAGUCUAGUAAAAUGCGUAGUAUUUUUUUCUGCUCAAAAUUCAUUUUGUGCACGCUUUUGUGAUGUGUUUAAAAUUUACAUUGCCUACAUUGCAGCCUGAACUUAAGCUUAUUAUUUGAAUAAAUAUUUAAUUUUUUAUUGCUCGUGUACAAGUGGAUGACCAUUUGGAUUUCAUGGUUGGUGAAAAGUGGUGAGUAAUUCAUGUGCAAUUACAGUUGUAGUGUGAACAUA